AAGGUCUUUUUCCUUCUUGUGGUUUUGAGCUUAUGUCUUGUCAACUUCAGUUGAUAUGGCGUCUCAGUCUCACACCUACAAAUAUUUGAAUUUUGGCCUGAUAUGUGCACAUCUCUGACCUUCUUGUGUCGCAGAUAAAAUCCAGUGAUUGAAACCGUAGCCAUACUUUCACAAGAACACAAUGGGGUAUGGCAAUUCAAGAUCUGUUAGGUUUAAAGAUGAUCUUGAAUUAGCCAAGCUCCCAACAGCCAAUGAGGAUGGUGUAAUUAAGCUCACACACAACAUUGAUAGAACACAAAUAUCAGAGUCUAGUUGCAAGAAAGCUGAGAAGGAGAUGCCUUUGAAGGCUGGAGGUUCCUUGAAAGCUAAAGUAUUGUCCAGAGUUUUCUCUGAGGACUAUGAGGGAGUGAAGAAGAAGAUAUUUGAUCCUCGAGGACCAACAGUUCGCAGAUGGACCAAGAUUGUUUUAGUAGCUUGCCUGGUUUCUUUGUUUGUAGACCCUCUAUUCUUUUACUUGCCAGUAGUCUCAAAUGAAGCUUGCAUAGUUAUUGGAAUACCCCUUGAAAUUACCCUUACAAUUAUUAGAACAAUAGCUGAUAUUUUUUACAUGAUUCAGAUUUUCAUUCAUUUUCAAACUGCUUAUGUCGCGCCUUCUUCCCGUGUUUUCGGAAGAGGAGAGCUUGUCAUAGAUUCAAAAAAAAUUGCAGUAAGGUACCUUAAACAGCACUUCUGGAUUGAUCUCAUUGCUGCCCUGCCUCUUCCCCAGUUGUUGAUUUGGUUUGUUAUCCCCAAUCUUGGUGGUUCAACAAUGGCAAAUACUAAAAAUGUCCUUCGGUUCAUCAUCAUUUUUCAGUACCUCCCACGACUUUUUCUUAUCCUUCCACUUUCAUCAAGAAUUAUUAAUGCCAAUGGUGUUGUGACUGAAACUGCAUGGGCAGGAGCUGCUUAUAAUCUAAUGCUAUACAUGCUGGCAAGCCAUGUUUUAGGAGCUUGCUGGUAUCUUCUAUCAAUUGAGCGGCAAGAAGCAUGCUGGAGAAGUGUUUGUAAUCUAGAGAAUCCUUCUUGUCGAUAUGAAUAUUUUGAUUGCCACAAGAUGCAUGACCCCCUUAGGGAAUCCUGGUUCAAAUCAAGCAAUGUCACAAAGCUUUGUAAUCCCGAUACUGAUUACUAUCAGCUUGGUAUAUUUGGCGAUGCUUUGACAUUUGGCGUUACAACUUCAACAUUCUUCAAUAAAUACUUUUACUGUCUUUGGUGGGGCUUAAAGAACCUGAGUUCACUAGGGCAAAAUCUCUCAACAACUACUUAUGUAGGUGAAAUAACGUUUGCCGUCAUUGUCGCAACACUUGGUCUGGUUCUAUUCGCGUUGCUCAUUGGGAACAUGCAAAGAUACUUACAAUCAACAACAGUUCAUUUAGAAGAGUGGAGAAUAAGGAGGACGGAUACAGAACAAUGGAUGCAUCACAGGCAGCUGCCACCAGAGCUAAAACAGUCUGUACGGAAAUAUGAUCUGUACAAGUGGGUGGCUACAAGAGGAGUUGAUGAAGAGGCUCUUCUCAAAGGUCUUCCUAUGGAUCUCCGAAGAGAUAUCAAGCGCCAUCUUUGCCUUGAUUUAGUUCGACGAGUUCCAUUAUUUGAUCAAAUGGAUGAAAGGAUGCUAGACGCAAUAUGUGAGAGGCUGAAACCUGCAUUGUCUACUGAAGGAACAUUUCUUGUCCAUGAAGGUGAUCUUGUCAAUGAGAUGCUUUUCAUAAUUCGUGGCCAUCUUGAUUCUUACACCACCAAUGGUGGUCGUACUGGAUUUUUCAAUUCGUGCCGUAUUGGUCCUGGUGAUUUUUGUGGCGAAGAAUUGCUGACAUGGGCAUUAGAUCCAAGAAAAAGUAUCAUCCUCCCAUCAUCUACUCGCACGGCCAAGGCCAUUUCAGAAGUUGAGGCAUUUGCACUGAGAGCAGAAGACUUAAAGUUUGUAGCCUCACAGUUUAGAAGACUACACAGCAAGCAACUAAGACACAAGUUCAGGUUCUACUCACAUCAAUGGAGAACAUGGGCUGCAUGUUUCAUACAAGCGGCAUGGCAUCGGUAUAAGAAACAAAAGGAAGCAGCUGAACUCAGAGCUAGAGAAAACCCCACAGCAGCUGAACCUGAACCUACUUCAGCAGGCUCAGGCUUAACUAUGUAUGCUGCGAGGCGUGCAACAAGCACUAGAAGGGGCAUCAUUAAUCAUUCUGGCUCGGAUGAAAGUGUUGUGAGCUCUCUUCAGAAGCCAGCAGAACCAGAUUUUUCGGUUGAUGAGGACUGAGUUACAGAACUUUUGAAAUCAGCCUCAACUUUUUAUGUACAAAUUAGCAGCUGGUUUACAUUAGUUUGUUUUUUGCGCAUUGCUUCAAUUAUAUUUGUGCCAUUAUGUGUCUAAAACAUUAUGAGCUAAUAAUUAGGGGAUCGUGUUAGACGUUAAAGUUAAGUUUACUGUCAAUUUUGCAGAACAAUAUAAGGAACAUAUUUAACUUGGUAUAUUACUUUGUUUGAAUAUUUGCAUGAGUGUGCUACAA